AUGAACACACAACUCAACCUGGCCGUAGUCUUUUUGGCCCUGAUGCAGUGCAUCGCUGCCGUGGAGUUCACCUUCGAUUUGGCCGAUAAUGCGGAGGACUGCUUCUACGAGGAAAUCAAGAAGAACUCCAGCGCCUACUUUGAGUUCCAGGUGUCGGCCGGUGGGCAACUGGACGUGGAUGUCACCCUUAAGGAUCCGCAGGGCCAAGUGAUCUACAAACUGGAGAAGGCCACCUUCGACAGCCACCAGUUUGUGGCGGAGUCGACGGGCGUGUAUACGGCCUGCUUUGGCAAUCAGUUCUCGGCCUUCUCGCACAAGAUCGUCUACGUGGACUUCCAAGUGGGCGAGGAGCCAGCUCUGCCCGGCGUGGACGAGCAUGCCACUGUGCUCACCCAAAUGGAGACCUCCUCGCAGGCGAUCCACAAGGGCCUGAACGACAUCCUCGACGCCCAGACGCAUCAUCGCCUGAGGGAGGCGCAGGGACGCAAGCGGGCCGAGGAUCUCAAUCAGCGGGUGAUGGUCUGGUCCUCCCUGGAGACGGCCGCCGUCAUCCUGAUCGGCCUCGUCCAGAUCAUGGUCCUCCGCAACUUCUUCACGGACCGGAAGCCCAGCCAGGCGCACUACGGCCGCCUGUAGAGGAUUCGGAUUUGGGUUAUUAUGGGAUCGAUAGCCUUGUUUAUAAAGCCCUUGAUGUGAAAGAGAAGCCCUCCCCGCCACUCGCCCCAAAAAAAUGUUGUCAAUCUCGUCUUAGCCACAACGUAUUCAUUCCCCCAAGGGCGGUUCUUUUUUUGGGGAGUGCCCCACCCGAAUUCAACAACGACAUGUAAUAUUUUUUUGUUAAGACCCACCCGAAAAACAGAAUUGUUUUUUUUUUUUUUAAAUACAUGCAAAAGCAACCAUAACUUGAUAGCUAAAGGUAAAA